AUGUGCAGACCCAGUGUGACGGGGGAGAAGUGUGACACCUGUCAACCCGGCUUCCACUCGCUCAGCCCUGGCGGCUGCAGGUACGCAACACACCCACAGACACACUCACAUACCACACACACAGAAAAUAAAGAAACACUUUGAAGACAGAGGGAGAGUAAACCAAUGCAUUUAAAGAGAAUUAUGUUGUUGUUUUUCUGUCUGUAUGCCUCUACCCAACGACUACGUUCAGUAGGCCACAAGGAUGUGGAACGUUCAGAUAUAUUGAGUAGAAUAGACAUGCCUCUGACAUGCAGAAAAAAUAAAUAAUGUCAGCUUUAUUCAUUACAUUUAUAUCUGCAUGUUUAGUACGUUGCACCCUCCUAAACGCGACCUUGAAUGGUUGUGUGUUAAUGUUUAAUACAUAUAUUGGCUAUCGUGUGUGUAUUUACUUUGACAUGCUGCAGUGGUUUAAGCCAUGAAGCACAUUCAUACUGACCCUGUCCUUGGCUGUUUCAGUAGUGUUGAGGUUUACACCAGGGUUGGAGCUGAACAGAAUACCAAAGUUUAGAGCCUAUUCCAGUUUGCAACAACUCUACUGCUGUUGGUGCUAAUUCAUCACUACUGCUGCCUGCUACUAUUAGUAAUACCAUUGUUUUCAAUGUCAUUACUAUCGCCUUGAUACAGUAAACAGUCUCUACUCCUCUCUUACCACCAAAUUGUUCCUACCGUACCUCCUGCAUGAUGCACCAGCCUCUGUCUGUUGGACCUUAAUAUUUGGCACAAAUCAAUUUCCUGGAUUGCCUGGUGACUCAAAGUGCUGGAAAUAUUCAUAUCACAGCAUGGCCCAUGCUUAAAUCAAAUCAAAAUCCAAUUUUAUUGAUCACAUGCGGCGAAUACAACAGGUGUAGACUUUACAGUGAAAUGCUUACUUACAUUUAUAUUUACAUUUACAUCAUUUAGCAGACGCUCUUAUCCAGAGCGACUUACAAAUUGGACUUACGAGCCCAUUCCCAACAAUGUAGAGUUAAAAAAGCGAAGACAAAUAUUUGCAAAAUAAAAAAGGAAAUAAUAACACAAUAAAAACAAUAAUGAGGCUAUAUAUGAGGAGUACCAUCGCCAAGCAGCUUGGUGAGAAGGUGGCAACAGUUGGUGCGAUAUUUCGCAAAUGGAAGAAACACAAAAGAACUGUCAAUCUCCCUCGGCCUGGGGCUCCAUGCAAGAUCUCAUCUCGUGGAGUUGCAAUGAUCAUGAGAACGGUGAGGAAUCAGCCCAGAACUACACGGGAGGAUCUUGUCAAUGAUCUCAAGGCAGCUGGGACCAUAGUCACCAAGAAAACAAUUGGUAACACACUACGCCAUGAAGGACUGAAAUCCUGCAGCGCCCGCAAGGUCCCCCUGCUCAAGAAAGCACAUAUACAGGGCCGUCUGAAGUUUGCCAAUGAACAUCUGAAUGAUUCAGAGGAGAACUGGGUGAAAGUGUUGUGGUCAGAUGAGACCAAAAUCGAUCUCUUUGGCAUCAACUCAACUCGCCGUGUUUGGAGGAGGAGGAAUGCUGACUAUGACCCCAAGAACACCAUCCCCACCGUCAAACAUGGAGGUGGAAACAUUAUGCUUUGGGGGUGUUUUUCUGCUAAGGGGACAGGAAAACUUCACCGCAUCAAAGGGACGAUGGACGGGGCCAUGUACCGUCAAAUCUUGGGUGAGAACCUCCUUCCCUCAGCCAGGGCAUUGAAAAUGGGUCGUGGAUGGUAUUCCAGCAUGACAAUGAUCCAAAACACACGGCCAAGGCAACAAAGGAGUGGCUCAAGAAGAAGCACAUUAAGGUCCUGGAGUGGCCUAGCCAGUCUCCAGACCUUAAUCCCAUAGAAAAUCUGUGGUGGGAGCUGAAGGUUCGAGCUGCCAAACGUCAGCCUCGAAACCUUAAUGACUUGGAGAAGAUCUGCAGAAGAGGAGUGGAACAAAAUCCCUCCUAAGAUGUGUGCAAACCUGGUGGCCAACUACAAGAAACGUCUGACCUCUGUGAUUGCCAACAAUGGUUUUGCCACCAAGUACUAAGUCGUGUUUUGCAGAGGGGUCAAAUACUUAUUUCCCUCAUUAAAAUGCAAAUCAAUUUAUAACAUUUUUGACAUGCGUUUUUCUUGAUUUUUGUUGUUGUUAUUCUGUCUCUCACUAAUCAAAUAAACCUACCAUUAAAAUUAUAGACUGAUCAUGUCUUUGUCAGUUGGCAAACAUACAAAUACUUUUUUCCCUCACUGUAUGCGUACUAGUACCCGUAGUAUGCGCUCCAUCAGGUAUAUCUCACUGGUCAUCCCCAAAGCCAACACCUCCUUUGGCCGCCACUCCUUCCAGUUCUCUGCUGCUAAUGACUGGAACGAACUGCAAAAAUCUCUGAAGCUGGAGACUCUUAUCUCCCUCACUAACUUUAAGCAUCAGUUGUCAGAGCAGCUUACCGAUCACUGCACCUGUACACAGCCCAUCUGUAAUUAGCCCACCUCAUCCCCAUAUUGUUAUUUAUUUUGCUCAUUUGGACCCCAGUGUCUCUAUUUGCACAUCAUCUUCUGCACAUCUAUCAUUCCAGUGUUAAAACUAAAUUGUAGUUAUUUUGCACUAUGGCCUAUUUUUUGCCAUAUCUCCAUAACUUACUACAUUUGCACACACUGUAUAUAGAUUUUCUAUUGUGUUAUUGACUGUAUGUUUUUGUUUAUCCCAUGUGUAACUCUGUGUUGUUGUUGUUUUUAUCGCACUGCUUUGCUUUAUCUUGGCCAGGUUGCAGUUGUAAAUGAGAACUUGUUCUCAACUGGCCUACCUGGUUAAAUAUAGGUGAAAUUAUUAUUUAAUUUUUUUAAAGUGUAUGGGGAGAGUCUAGUUAGUGGGCAUAGAGCCAGUGCAAGGGAGUCAGUGCAAAACAAUUAAGAUAAAGCAAUAAAUAAUAAAGGGGGUCAAUAUAAAUUGUCCGGGAUGACAUUUGAUUAACUGUUCAGCAGUCUUAUGGCUUGGGGAUAGAAGCUGUUAAGGUGCCUUUUGGUCCCAGACUUGGCGCCCCGGUACCGCUUGCCCUCUGGUAGUGGAGAGAACAGUCUAUGACUAGAGUGGCUAGAGUCUUUGACACCACCUGGUAUUUGUAUUUGUAUUUAUUAGGGAUCCCUAUUAGCUGCUGCCAAGGCAGAAGCUACUCUUCCUGGGGUCCAAACAUUUUAAAGCACUUACAUUAAAUAUAAAACAAAAUAUAAAACAGUACAUCAUAUGACAUUAUUACACAACCACCUAUCUACAAUACAAAAUGUUUAAUACCACCAUACAACAAUAUCACAAUGUGGCACCUGACCACGCUACUGAACAGUAGUCUAGGUGUGACAAAACUAGGGCCUGUAGGACCUGCGUUGUUGAUAGUGUUGUUAAGAAAGCAGAGCAGCGCUUAAGUAUGGACAUACUUCUCCCCAUCUUAGCUACUGUUGUGUCAAUAUGCUUUGACCAUGACAGUCUAACAUCCAGGGUUACUCCAAGCAGUUUAGUCUCCUCAACUUGCUCAAUUUCCAGAUUAUUCAUUAUGAGAUGUAGUUGAGGUUUAGGGUUUAGUGAAUGAUUUGACCCAAAUACAAUGCUUUUAGAUUUGGAAAUGUUCAGGACUAACUUAUUCCUUGCCACCCAUUCCGAAACUAACUGCAACUCUUUGUUAAGUGUUGCAGUUAUUUCAGUUGCUGUAGUAGCUGAUGUGUAUAGUGUUGAGUCAUCCGCAUACAUAGACACACUGGCUAUACUCAAAGCCAGUGGCAUGUCGUUAGUAAAGAUGGAAAAAAGCAAGGGGCCUAGACAGCUGCCCUGGGGGAAUUCCUGAUUCUAUCUGGAUUAUGUUUGAGAGGCUUUCGUUAAAGAACACCCUCUGUGUUCUGUUAGACAAGUAACUCUUUAUACACACUAUAGCAGGGGGUCUAAAGCCAUAACACAUAUGUUUUUCCAGCAGCAGACUAUGAUCGAUAAUGUCAAAAGCCGCGCUGUCUAACAAAACAGCCCCCACAAUCUUUUUAUCAUCAAUUUCUCUUAGCCAAUCAUCAGUCAUUUGUGUAAGUGCUGUGCUUGUUGAAUGGCAAGGAGUUUAGCUGAGUCAUUCACACUGGAAAGAGAGAUAGGAAGGACAAACACAUUGAGGUACGGAAUCACAGCAAUGGCUAUGUACACAGAUACACUGGUUUAUAGUACAGACACUCAAUGACGCUAGACAUACACUUGAGAAUAUAGAGAGACACACAGAUAUGUACAGGUGUGUGGGCAUGGUAUGAUUUCUCCUUUUUCUCUCUCACACAGACAUGCACACACAAACUCUCUGCUUCCCUUUUCCAUUCUUCCAUCCCUCUCCAUCCCUCUCUAUACUUCUCUCCUUCUCCCUCUAUCCCUGUCCCUCAUUCCUCUCUCUCCAUCCCUACCUCAGUCUACCAGUGUUCUGAAGUGAAGUGAGGUGUGAAUUAUGCAGUCCAGUAGAGCAGAACAGAGUAGAAGCCUGUCCAGGGGAUAAUUGAAUUAUUCUUAAUAGCAACCUCAUUAAAAUAUUGAUUCUGUGUUAGAGUUCUGGAGGAAAACAAUCAAUCAAUGAAGAUGAUUAAACAUGUUUUCGUAGAACAAAGCUUUUGAUUGACAUAGCAGCGGCCUCACUUAACCAAUCACGGUUGGUGAUCAGGCUAUUUUCAGCGUGUGAAUGUGUGUGGAAAAGAGUAAGUGAAGACUAAACAACCCUUAUCAGCAUAAUUAAUCAAGGAAACAAUGUGUACAUUUUAGCAGACACUCUUAAUUAUAUCACAGCUCAGGAAAAGACCCAGAUGCAGACAGUUCGGAUAACAGAUGUUUAUUAUAUAAACAUGGGGCAGGCAAAGGACAGGUCAAGGGCAGGUAGAGGUCGGUAGUCCAGGGCAGAGUCCGUAUGGUACAGAGCGGCAGGCAGGCAGGCUCAGGGUCAGGGCCAGGCUCAGGGUCAGGGCAGGCAGAAAUAUCAAAAACGGGAAAACUAGAAAACAGGGCUCAAGAAAACAGGAGUAUGAAAAACAUGCUGGUAGGCUUGACGAGACAAGACGAACUGGCAACAGACAAACAGAGAACACAGGUAUAAAUGCCCUUGGGAUAAUGGGGAAGAUGGGCGACACCUGGAGUGAGGUGGAGACAAGCACAAAGACAGGUGAAACAGAUCAGGGUGUGACAAAUUAGGGUUAAGUGCCUUGCUCAAGGGCACAUCGACAGAUUUUUCACCUAGUCAGCUCUGGGAUUCUAACCAACAACCUUCCGUUUACUGACCCAACGCGCUUAACCGCUAUGCUUCGUGCCACCCUGCAAUGUGUACACUGAAACAAAGAGUCACUCAACCAAAUGCUCAACCAAAUAUCAAUUCCGACAUUCUUAUCUAUGUCUUAACCUAAGUGUCCCAUGACAUUAUGGCCCCAGUCAUAACCAGUUUGACCUCUGGCUGAACUUUGACCUCAACAGGAUAUUGGUAUCGUUUCUCCUCAGGUCGUGUGACUGUGAACCCAGGGGCAGUGUUGGCAUCUGCUCUACGCUGGACGGUGGCUGUCACUGCAAGGAAAACGUGGAGGGACAGGCGUGUGACAGGUGGCUUUUAUAUUGUGCUUUUCUUUCUUCAAAAAAGAUAAAGGAAAAAUAGCCAUGUGACAGGUGACCCAUGAUAUGCUACUGCGUCACCCGAAAUAACAUAAUACCUCACGGUUACCAUGGUAACAGUUUGUAUUGUCUAGCUCUUUCAUCAGUUAACAAUGGUAGCUAACACUUGGUUCUGCUUCAUAUUGUUAGUACAGUAGUACAGUACCUUGAUUCCGCCCGCUGCCAUUGUUAAACAAAAUAUCUCUUGACAUUUUAUGGCACCGCUCUUUGACAAACUGUUUUGAGUCAGCAUGGUAACCCAUUGAAAACAGGUUCAUGCUAAAAGACAAGUACAUUUUUCCCAGAGUAUUAUACACGGUGUAAAUGGUAUUUUAGUAGACUUUUAUUCAUAGACAGUCAGGACACAUACAGUAUCAACCAGGGACUAAGGAUGGAAAUUAGCUAUCUAGCUAAAUCUGGUGCAAUGGCGUUUUGUACAUGGUCCCUGACAAAUAAACAAAUAAAUAGUGUAUUCUCUGGCCCUUUUAGUGAAAAUGCUUCUGAAAGGACUGAGGGGAACAUGAUUAUUUUAGACUUUCUGUCUGUACCCAAUCUUCUCUACACCCAUGUUUUUAUAAUUAUUGUUCUGCUCUCUAAAAUUUACAUGAUCAGACAGACAAAACACAAACAAAUCACUAGUUUGAUAUUAGGAAAACACUCAGCCAUGAGACGAUCUCCUGUGUUGAAUUAUUUCUGCUUGUUUUCUAGCUUGUUUAUUUUGUUGUGUUGUGUAUUAUUUCAUGCUCCGUUGAACAAGCACACCUUUUCCCCUGAUGUGACUUACGUAGUCCUGUUUCUGAACACCACUCACGCACAUACACAGAUCCCCCUCAUGCACUCUCCCACACACAAACACACACACACACACAUCGCUCCUCUACACACACAAACACAACACACAACUUGUCUCCUCUAUGGUCUGUCUGGAGGUUGUGAUAGUGUAUCACAGUGUGAGACUAGCUGAGGGGUGAUUGGCCUCGGCUACCUCCCUAUGCCCCAACACUGCAGCGCAGACAGCAACACAUGUUCACUUGGCAGGUAGUCUCAUACGACCUGACUCACAGGGCCUAGUGAUGCUCUCUGAGCUUGCUCCACAAUAUGGAGAGAUUAGCCUCAACAAGCUGCAGUGACGAAGCAUAUCAUGACGAUGUGCUUUGUGCAUGUGUUGUGUGUGUGUUUGUGCAGGUGCAAGCCAGGCUCCUUCAACCUGCUGGAGAACAACCCAGCUGGCUGCAUGUCAUGUUUCUGCUUCGGACACUCAUUGGCCUGCAGAUCCUCCAAUCACCAUGCAGCUGUCAACAUCACUUCUGACUUCCUUGAAGGUAUUCAGCCAAUCAUGAUUAUCUUGAAAGAACUGCAUUCACCUAAUAACUAUUUGUGAAUUGUGAACCCCUUAUAUUGUGGUUAUCAUCCUGUCAUCGUCCCCCCCUCUGCAGACCCAGAUGGCUGGUCUGGACAGUUCUCUGGGGGACAGGAGUACCCUCUGCUGUGGAAGGAAGGGGAGGUCUACCUGCUACCACUCAGUGAGGACGACCUGGGCUUCUACAGAGCUCCAGGUGAGAGAGACACAGCCGAACACACACACACACACACACAGAGCUAAUGUCAACUGUAAGGUGAGAUAUAAGUAGGACCUAGAGUUUUUCCAGACCAUAAUACAUGACCAAGAAAAACUCUGGGCCCUAGAGUUUAUAGGAGAAGUGUGUGCGUUUCCGGGAUGAGGAACAAAUACAUGAAGAUUGUGCUUGGAGAGAGCUCAGACAUGUGAAUAUGUCAAUCAUAUUACCGUCUGCCACCUGUAAUACCCCUGGCUUGCUGCUCAAGAUAAUUCCUUUGUUUGAUUAAACAAUUCCCCAUAGCAUUGCCCCAUAAGGUCAUAAAGCAGUUAACUGCGACACCAUUUUCUCACAGCAGACUCUUAUCAUGAUCAUUAGCAUAUACGAUUUAUAGCUGGCCCCGCUACAGGACUUAGGGGCUCCCUCUAUGGUUGCAUCCCAAAUGUCACCCUAUUCUCUAUGGGCCCUGGUCAAAGGUCGUACACUAAAUAGGGAAUAGUUUGCCAUCUGGGACAUAGCCUAUAUAUCUGGAGCCACAGUAGGAGAGAAUAGGCCUGAUGGAAUUGGAUGUCUUGGCCAUGCUGGAAGAACAACAAAGUGGAAAUCAGCCUUCCUAAGCUCAAGGUGGCCACUCACUGCACCAAGGACCAAGCCUAGCGAAGCAACAGUCAACAGGGAUAUAGAGAAGCAGAAAUAGUGGAAAUCCCAUUAACUACCAACACACCCUGAAGGUUGUAUGUUCAAACCGUCUGAUCACAAAAAACAAGUUCAUUUAGACAGGCGUCUUUUUAAGAACCCAAGCAUGAAAAGCCUUAGAUCACAGAAGACUCCUGGGAGGGAAAACAACUGGGUCCGUUCUGGGGAUAUUUUUAGAGUUCCUUAUAUGUCGUUAAGUCAACUUGGAUGUGUUUAGAUUGUUUAUUUAUUUAUAUGUUUAGUUUUCUGUUUUCUUGAAGCUCGUCCAUCACUCCAGUGUCUCUGCAGGCCACCACAUAGUGAUUUGUGUUCAAGCCCGUCCCCUUAUCUUGCCGGCACAGCACUUGUUUCGCAGUGUAGUAAAAUAUGGAGAUCUAUUGCCCCGCCGUCGCUUUAAAUGACCUCAUUUUCUCCCUGACUAUUUUUUUCCUCAGUUACUUUAAAGAUUAGAGCAGAGAGGCAGGCUGCAAGGAUAUGCACAGGAUUUCUCUCUCUCUUUCUCUCUCUCCCUCUCUCUGUUUGUGCUGUAAUCCUCCUGCAGCGUUUCCCGUUAAAGCGCCAGAUAAUUCUGAGUGACAAUGCUCUGCUACCAAACAACACGGAGAGGGAAAGCAAUUUCUCUGAUUCUUAUUAAUCUAUUUGUCGCCUAUUUCAGUGUGUCUCUUUCUUCGCCUGGCUAUGUCUAGAAUCAGAUCAGUUGGCGUCUUACUGUAAUGAGAACAGAGAGAAGUAUUGGGGAUCGACGUGUUUCUACCCGGCUUCUAGAAGUACCAGGUGACACUGCAGUGCCAAGGAACACAAUCCUCGAUAUACAAUGGAGGAAACUCAGCUUGGAUCACUCAGAGCAUUAUCCAGGGAAGUUCAGCUGGAGUCUUUCAAAGAGACAGAGAAGGCUGAGAGGGAGUUACAGAGAGUGAAAGCGAAAGUGAAAACCGAAAGUGAGAGAGAAAAAGAAAGAGCGCGUUUGUGAUUACAUGGUCCUCUUUCCAUUUAAUUUAACACCACACUUGUCCUCUUCCUCUUGGCCAAGAAAAGAUUGCUACUAGUUGAGACAUAGUAGAAAGGUCACGUUCCUACGAUGACACAGCACUUGUCAACAGAUUGAACACUUGAGUGAAGCUGCCAGAGUCUAUCAUGGAUUCCAAGCCAAAACCACUUUCCUCUACAGCCCUGCUAAUUACUGACAUGGCAAUUCAGGUUACAUGCUUCUCCUCUCCAAUCCUCUAUGCUCAAGGGUCCAACAGGUAGCUAACACCCCUCAUCCAGAACCAGCCACCUGUGCCUUAGUGCCUGACAUGGUCCAGGAUCAUAUUCAUAUCUACACCAGACCAUGCUGCUAACCCAGAAAACCAAGGGGGGAUGUCCCCAAGAGAGGAAGGGACAGCACAAAAGGACGAGGGAGAGAAAAAGAGAGAGGGACAGUUUUCAGCAUACGUCCUCUGCAGUGAUAUUCCUGCCAAGCUUCCUGGACAGGCUGCCUCUGGGCUGGAUGUGAGCCAUAGAAGUACCACCGUGAUCCCUGAUUGGAUGUGAGCCCCAGAACUUUCAGAACAAACCAGCACCCUGAUCCCUGAUUGGAGGUGAGCCCCAUACAUUUCAGGACAAACCACCACCCUGAUCCCUGAUUGGAUGUGAGCCCUAUAACUUUCAGGAUAAGCAAAAACCUGAUCCCUGAUUGGAUGUGAGUCCGAGCACGUUCAGGACAAACCACCACCCUGAUCCAUGAUUGGAUGUGAGCCCCAGAACGUUCAGUACUAACCUUCACCCUGAUUGGAUAUGAGUCCCAUAACGUUCAAGAUCCCUGAUCCCUGAUUGGAGUCAAGAACGUUCAAGAGAAACCACCUCUCUGAUCACCGCCUAACAACAUCACUGACUCAGCUCACUCUGAUUUAGCUUUACAUGACCAUUUCAGACUCUAUUAUUUUUUAAAGCUAACGUUGUAUGUGUUACUAGGGUGUAGCAUGGUCUAAUAGAUCCUGAAUGUCUCUGUGUACCAGGUGGUCUAGCCUUUCUGCCUGUUCUCCAUGUAAUCAUGUCCCUGGCUGUGCUGCACCUGUAGACCAGUGGUUCCCAACUCCAGUCAUUGAGUAUCUCCAACAGCACACAUUUUUAUCGUAGCCCUGGGCAAGCACACCUGAUUGAACUUGUCAACUAAUCAUUUGGCCCUCAAUGAGUUGAAUCAGGUGUUGUUUGUCCAGGGCUACAACAAAAAUGUGUGUUGUUGGGGGUAAUGGAGGACUGGAGUUGGGAACCGCUGCUACAGACUAUGUAGAGCAGGUUACUGGAUUCUCUCUCUCUCUCUCUCUCAGAUAACUGAGGAUCGCUAGCUCUUCCCGCCGAGAGAGAGCGAGAAAGAGAGAGCAGAAAGAGAGAGAUAGAGAGAGAAGAAUAUCGAGUAGAGCUUAUUAAGCUCUCUCUCUAUCCAUCGCUCUCUUCGCUCUCUCUCUCUCUCUCUCUCUAUCUCAUCAUAUCUCUCUCUCCCGCUCUCUCUCUCUCUUCUCUCUCCUAUCUUCUCUCUCUCUCUUCCGAUCUCUCUCUCUCUCUCUAUCUCUCUCUCUCUAUCUCUCUCUCUCUCUCCUCUCCGUCUCUCUUCUCCCUGCUUGGUGAAGUUAUUUGUCUGUUCAGGUAUUGCUGCACAGUGGUCGAUGUAAGUUAGAGGCCUCCAUGGGACUUAAAGUUGUUUGUGUGAGACGGCGGUUAUCUAAUUGAAAUGGAGUUUAUUUAAUUGGUUUGGAGAGUCUAAACCCUCGAUUGAUCUCAGGGCUCCUCUACCAUUCACUAAAUGUGACUGGGGUGUCAGGCAUCGUGACGGGGACUUUGUGUGUCACUGAAAGGAGGUCAGUGGGGUUCAGGUUGAACACAUCACAGACACACAGAGAAAAGAAAGUGAAGGAUUGAUCUAAAACACACACACACUCAAACAUACACACACAAAUAAACACACACACUCACUGCUUUCACGCACAUCCUCUCUGAGUGCAAUCAGAAACACUGUCAUUCUUUGACUCACACAGAGGUCCACAUUUAGAGCUGUUGUCUCUUUUCAAUUACUCUCCUGUGCUAAAGCAAUGAAUAUAAAAUAUAUUUUAAUGGUAGAAUGCCAUCUUGAUGUGAUCACAGUGAGAGUUCCAGUCACCCAGUGGGGUUCUGGGGGUGAGUCAUAAUAAGACACUAGAGGACCAACCAGAGGGGGCAGUGCUGAGUCUUUCAUCCUGUGAGACAUUUUCCUGCCUGAUCCCACCAUCAAACCCCCAUGGGGACUUAUGUAGAUCUGAGAGGACUGGAUGAGUAUAAGCAAUAUGGCAGUAUCUACACCAUGCCAUCUGAGAGGUUAGGUGGAAGCUACACCAUAUUACUCACUUACUCAAACCUCUUAGAUAUACGCAAGUGCUUAUGGGUUGAUUUGGGAUUGAGUGUCCCUGACGCAGGUCUGACAUAGAUUUUAAGGGUACCACGUGAAUCACCUCUUGAAUAUCCAAAGCAAAAAUGUACCGCUUGUCAGACAAUAGGGUCAGAGCAAGUCGACCAAAAGCACAUCAGCCCAUAUACCCAGUACGUCAACCUGGGGCAGGUCAGGCGAAAACAUGACAAAUCUGCCCAGAGAGCAGUCAUCCGGCGUGGUGGGGGUGAUAAGGGCUUGUCCUGGAUCAGAUCAGAUGUGACUGUGAGGAGAGCGGACAGCUGUGUGUGUGUGUCCACUGCAGCCCUGACACCACCAGGAGAGACCAGGAUACAUGACACACACCCUUACACUCAAAACGCACUACCUCAGCCAGCCAGCCACACAGACUAACAGUGGAGGCUGCACUACUGAAGCACAGACCUGGGUUAAAAUACUAUUUAAUUGAACCAAUAUAAAAGUCCCAAAAGUGCAAGCCCAGUCAACCUCCAGGGAGGCUAAAGCAAAUGCUCAAAGCAUUUGAAAAAUGUCAAAUAGUAUUUGAAUCAAGGGGCUAUAUUCAAUCCGUAUCGCGGAAGUUCAGCGUUACAGCGUGACUGACAUUUAAAGGCAAUGUUAGCGUGGUAGUGGAGACUGCAUUCACGGUAAACGCUGCAUAUGUUGAUUCAAUUGGAAAUUACCUUUACAUUUCUAUCGCGCAAUCUGUAACUCUUCAGCGAUGCAGAUUGAAUAGAGACCCAGGUCUGCUGCAGUAUCAUUCAUACUGUGGCAGAUUAUGCUGUUUUGAAUUGCCUUACUGAAAAAUGUCUGCCUUUUUUAAGGUGGAUUACUGUUUUUAUUGCUGCAAUCAAUCUUGAAUGAUGAAAUGCCAGUCCACCUUUCCUUAUCUAUCUCAUUGCUUCAUUUUUACAUAUUUCUGCAGACAGGAUCUUCUGCAUCCUCCGCCUCACCCACCCAGAAUUCAUUAUUUUAUUUUUAUUUUUUUUCAGGGAUAGUUUUUCCCAUGUGUUCUUUUUAUUCAAGUGUAUUUGGGUUCCCUGGUUGCUGAUCAUUGUGUAUGCAGUAAGUGUGCUGGUUUGGAGAGUGUGUGCCUGUGCAUGCGUGUGCGUGUGUGUGUGUAGUUCUUUGAAGUGGUGUUAAUAUGCUGUAAUGUGCCAGAGAUAAAAUGAAGGGUAAUUACAGCCAGACUACCACUGUGAUCUCUGUGAGCUACAAGAGCCUUGGCCUUCGCACUCUACUACACACACACACGCACACACUCUCUCUCUCAUAAACACCAAACGCCAAAACUCUCAUACCAAACUACUACCCCUUACAACAUGUUCGUCAGAUGGCGAGAAGCUAAACUUGUGAAACACACAAACACUCUCUCUCUCUCUCUCUCUCUCUCUCUCUCUCUCUCUCUCUCUCUCUCUCUCUCUCUCUCUCUCUCUCUCUCUCUCUCUCUCUCUCUCUCUCGCACUCUCUCUCUCUCUUUCUCUCUCUCGCGCUCUCUCUCUCUCUCUCUCUUUGACAGGAUGUGAGAUAGCUAAAAGCCUGCCUGGUUAUCCUCUAACCCUUUUUGUCUGUCUGUCUCCCUCCCUCCCCCCUCUCUCUGCUCCUGUAGAGAAGUUCCUGGGGAACCAUCUCCUGAGCUACGGCCAGCUCCUCUCCCUGACCUUCACGGCCGAGGCCCAGUGCCUCCUCCCUCACAGUGUCACUGUGCUUCUGGAAGGAUCUGGAACCACCCUGUCAGCUGACCUUUCACCCCAACCUGGACUUGUCCACCAGCCAGGCCUCGCUCCCCAGCACACCUUCACUCUCAGGUAA